CAAUAUAAUGGCAGAGUUUACCUGAGUAGCACUGACGAACAAUCUCAACCAUUUAAGAUAAACUACAGCAUAUUGCUAAACUACUGUGGUCUUAAUGCACUGUCAGUAGUAGUAGUGUGUCAGGCUCAGUGGUCGCAGGAAGCUGCGGCUCUUCUCUCAGCUGCUGAUGGAGCACAUCCGACUACCGAAGGUGGAGAAUGUGAAGCUGCUGGACAGGGUCUCCCCUAGAAGAAGUAGAGUGGGCAUCCUCUACCUGACAGCCACACACACCAUCUUUGUAGAGAAUGAGGCUGGAGUGCGCAAUGAGACAUGGGUGCUCCACAGUUUGGUUUACAGUGUGGAGAAACAAGCUGCCACAACCUCAGGAUGUCCUCUGAUCAUUCACUGCAAAAACUUCCAAGUUCUUCACUUUGUCAUUCCUCGAGAGCAGGAAUGCCACGAUGUUCACCUGUCCCUGCAGCGGCUCUCCCAGCCAGAGAGUUACGAGGAGCUGUAUUGCUUCUCCUAUAAGCCUAACGUCGAUGAGGGGGAGAGACUGCAGGAAUGGGACUUCUUGGACCUCAAAGCUGACUACAGCAGAAUGGGACUCCCCAACUCCCUGUGGAAACUCUCCCCGGUCAACCAUCACUACAAGGUGAGUGACACUUACCCCGCUGACCUGUUUGUACCUGAUUCGGCCACGCCUCCGGUCAUCGUGGGGAGCUCCAAAUUCCGAAGCAGAGGCAGAUUUCCUACUCUGUCGUACUACUCCAAAGAAAAUCAUGCUGCCAUCUGCCGUAGCAGCCAGCCCCUGUCAGGUUUCAGCGCUCGCUGCCUGGAGGAUGAACAGAUGCUGGAGGCCAUCUUGAGGUCCAAUCCCCGCAGUGACUUCAUGUAUGUUGUGGACACCAGGCCCAAGUUGAAUGCAAUUGCAAACCGAGCUGCAGGAAAAGGCUACGAAAAUGAAGACAACUACUCCAACAUUAAAUUCCAGUUCAUCGGCAUCGAGAACAUCCAUGUCAUGAGAAACAGUCAACAGAAAAUGCUAGAGGUGUGCGAGCUGCGUUCCCCCUCCAUGUCUGACUUCCUGGAGGGUCUGGAGAGCUCAGGCUGGCUGAAGCACAUCAAAGCUGUUUUGGAUGCAGGCAUCUUCAUCGCCAAGGCUGUUGCAGAGGAGGGUGUCAGCGUCCUGGUUCACUGUUCAGAUGGCUGGGACCGUACUGCUCAGGUGUGUUCGGUGGCCUGCGUGCUGCUGGAUCCCUACUACAGGACCCUCAGAGGACUGAUGGUUCUCAUCGAGAAAGACUGGGUCUCAUUCGGACACAAGUUCUCUCACAGAUGCAACCACCUGGUCGGAGACCCCAAAGAGGUGUCUCCCAUCAUCGAUCAGUUCCUGGAGUGCAUGUGGCAGCUGAUGGAGCAGUUCCCCUGUGCCUUUGAGUUCAAUGAGAGGUUCCUCAUCACAAUUCACAGCCACAUCUACUCCUGCCAGUAUGGUAACUUCAUUGGCAACAACCAGCGGGAAAGGAUAGAGCUGGGGUUACGUGAAAGGACUCACUCUCUGUGGAGUUAUCUGUGGACGAACCGUGAGGACUACAUCAACCCUCUGUAUAGACCAGACCACAGCCAGACUCAGGGGCUCCUCCGGCCAUCUACUGCCCCCUACUGUUUUAAAUUUUGGAGAGGGCUGUACAACCGUUUUGACCGCGGGAUGCAUCCUCGACAGUCUAUACAGGAUUACGUGAGGGCCAUCCAAGAGGAGACGCAGCAGUUACAGGAGCAGCUGGCCUCACAUAAACAGAAAAUCGCUAAACUGGAGCAGGAGCAGGGUUGGAGUGUCGCCCAGAAAGCAACCACUUUUGAUAAAAGCCCCACAGCGUGGGCUCUCGGUAAUGACCUGGGUCUGGCCAACACCCCUCAGGACUACACCGGGGGCCUCAUCACCAGCAGCCCCUGUCAGCCAAAAGCACCAGAGGGCAGCCUGAUCCUCUUCCCGCAGGACUUGAACAAAACAUCUGACUCCAACCACUCCAACAGCAGCGACCCGGAGUCUGGGAUCGCAGACCUGAGCUGCCGUUCACCCCUCAGUGAGGACAGCACCAGGGAUCCAGACUCUGACGAGGCCGCCUACUCUGCUGCCUAAGCAAAUGUAGCAUUAGGUGCAACAGCCCCCAGAUGACCCGCACCGCAGGGCCACUGAACAAACACUACCUUUACAUGCACCAAGUAACCCGGCUAUUGGCUAACUCCAGAGAAAAGUCUUAUUCGGGUUACACAACUGACUUGCACUUUUGUUUGCAUGUGGUGUGGCGGACACUCCCUGUUGCCACAUAUACUAGUUAAAAGCUGUUUAUUGCUGACCACAUUUUAGUUUGUACCCAGUUGAAAGGAUUUAAGGUUCUAAAAGUAAUUGAAGAGCCGAAUAUGAUUCACUGUCGUCUCUGUUGUUGACAGUUAAAUUAACCCAAAACCCUGCAUACAGACAGUUAAAAAAUGGUGAAAUGCAUCCUGGGCCACAGUAACCAGUUUAAUAGUGUGGUAACAUUCUAUUGAAAAAUCAACUAAAAUUAAUUUACAUGAGUUAGGAGCAAGUUAAUAACAAUUCUGAAUAAGUCAGUGCACGUGUAAAGUGGGUGCAUGAACUCAUCUCAUCAGAUUAAUUGUGAGUCAUUUUAGUGUGUGUCUGCUUUUUAUUGUGGUCUUUCAUAGAGUUCAUUUACUCAUUAGGCAUUUGACAUUAUACUUUAAACACCUUUUAAACACCACCUAAUAACAGUUAGAAACACUGCUACAGAAGUGAAUUACUAUUAGUUCAAUCCCAGCUCAAAUCAGCAAUAAAAGAACAGAAAUAGCACUUUGAUAUGCGAGUUUUCAAAGCAACAUGAGACAAAAAGCAAAGCACCAAAGAGAACAAAUCAACACAGUCUCAGUUGCAUUGAUCUGAGAGACUAUAAAAUGAAUUAAUAGAGAGGGAUAUCAGAACACAACCAAACAGAUCAAACAAUGAAAAAGAUGAAACAACAAAUGGACAAACUGCAGGGAUAAAAAAAAAGCAGACUAUGACGAUGUGGUACUUUUGUCUAACACUUGGUUUUUAAUGCCGUCACUCCGUACGAUCGCUGCUACUCAAAGGCUGUCUGAGUGCAGGACAUUGCUACUUACAAUGUAGCAAUGAUUCAACCCCAAAUGACAUAUUAUGACUGAAUGAAACUCUCUCAACACACCACAGUGGCCGCAGUUGGGUUUUGGACUACAAUAACCGAUGGUUAGUUGUUGUUUGGCACUUUGUGGUCCACACCAGGGUAUUUCAACCUAUCAUACAAUAUCAACACUAGAGGAUGUGAAAAAUAAGCUUUGAAUUUUCACUGGAGACAAGGAAACUUUGGACAUUUAUGUCAACAAUGUUUUAACAGAUUUGUUGCCGUCAAACCAAAAUUCAUACCAAAGGGAAUCCACUGUCUGCUGGUAUAAAUAUGCUGAGUAAAUGAUUGGAUGUACAGAACCAGCAGACCAGAGCAUGUGAACACAAGUAUACUGUUGCUUACGGGAGGAGAUUACUGACUGUUUUUUUUUUUUUUUUUUUUUAAAUAUUUGUUCCAUCUUCUCCAGAAUGAGCAACAUCACUGUGUCUAUAAAAUUAUGCCCACUACAAUAUUGCAAAUAAACAAUGCACAAAUUAUCAAGCAAAGCAUGUUAAGAUAUUUUUGUACUAUUUUUUGACUACUGUAAUCUUGCUUUAAUGCAUGUUGUUUUUAUUUGUAUCAGAGCGUCUUAAAAGUCAGGUCAUAGAGCCUCGUAUAAAAGACAGCGCUUCAUAUUGCUGGGUUUAUUUGUUGUGGAAAAAAAGCCAGAAUUGUCAAACUUAUCUAAAUGCAAAGUUGUGUAAAUUGUCAUUUUCUUGUGAAAUAAAUAAACAAAAAUAAAUAAAUGCA